AUGGCGCUCGGAAGCUCAGUUGAGACACCGCGGCCCGCGACCCGCGAGGAGAUGAGUGCCGCGAAGCUACCGCUGGCCUACCGAGACAACUGCGCACACCUCCUGAUCCCUCUGAACCGGUGUCGUUUCGAGACCUACUACCUUCCGUGGAAAUGCGAGAACGAAAGACACACAUACGAGAAAUGCCAAUACGACGAAUUUAAGAAGCGAGUAGCAAAAAUGAACGAGCUUAGAGAGGCGAAGGGUGGCGCAAGGAGCAAUUAA